AAAUCGAUGAACCAAUCGCCAGAUGCCCUCAGUACUACAACCUGCCCACGGAGACGUGCCAGUAUGUGGAGGACCCCAGCGACCCCUGCUGUAAGAUCCCCAUCUGCCACGCCCCUGACGACACCACGCAGAACCCCUUACAACCUGUGCAGUUGCCCAGCGGGGGAUUCGAGGUGACCGCCGCCCCAGGAACCAACUUCUGUGUUUACAACAGCAAGAAUUAUAAGCAAGACGAGGUCUGGUACAUGGACUGUGACUUCAAGUGUACCUGUAUCGACCAGCUCAUGGGUAAACAAAACUGCCAACCCAGAUGUCCGCGCUUCGACGAGAGCCAACUGCCGCCCAUCUGCCACAUGGUGACGGACCCGGCGGACACCUGCUGCCAGAAGCCCCAGUGCUCCUUCGACUUCACCGCCGGCACCAUAGGCGGCACGCUGGAGAAGCCAAAGGUCCCGCCGAUCUACCAGAACAUUAACCCCCACAACUUCGACCCCAGCUCUGUCCGUGACUUUCUCUGUCCUUUCAUUGCCCAGUUACCUGGAGAUAUUGACCCAGUUCUGAUCCCGACUCUGGCCCCUGGAGUGAUAGUAGGCGGCCCUGACCGGGCCCCUCCCACCGCCGGCCCUGAUGGGGUCGUGCCUUCACCCCCGCCCAUCAACAAGUGUGUCUACAAAGGCUCGACUUACCGUCAGGGCGACACCUGGUUUGACGGCUGUGACAAAAAGUGUGAAUGUAAUAACGCACGAGAUGGAAAGUACAAAUGUACCGACAGAUGCCCUCGCUACCCUGAGGUUCUCCCCAAGCAGUGCAAACUCUUCAGCAUCCCUGGCGAACCUUGCUGUAAGGAACUGGACUGUAGCCUUGACCCCAACCCUGUGACCUUGGCGGCUCCUACCGUGUCCGAUCAGACGACAGUUAAACCAACCUUGGCUCCCAAUGUACCCACCAUAGCGAGCGGCGUGCCUCUCAUCCCAGUCACCGUGGCGCCAG